AUGUCAAACGGUGAAGGAUACGUUGAAAACGUUUCGCCUAGAGCAACACAACUCAUUCAAGAUUCGAUAGAUCUCUUUAGUGCAAAACCAUCACAUGAGAUUUUUAAACGUAGUUGGACCCCAGAUUCGGUGUUUGAAGAUCCACUCUGUUAUGCUAAAGGUGAACGUCAAUACAAAGGUCAAUGGUGGGGUUUAGCAGCCGCUUUCUCAAAAUGUGACCUGAAGGCCUGGCAUGUCACAAAAGAUGAACCAACCCAAGUCAAUUAUGUUCAACGAGUCGCAUACACAUUCAAAGGUUUAGGUUGGACAAAAGAAAUCAUUUCAACCAUCAGUAUGGAAUUAAACAAAGAUGGAAAAGUAAUUCAUAUGCAAGAUCGUUGGGAUCACCAAGAUCCACCGGCAAACUUCAUCGCAUGGCCUUUGCGUCGAUUAAAUGCUCUUGCUGUACCUCUAUUUGUCACUAUCCCAAGCGCAGACAAGGCCAAACCAGGUCAUGCCGAUCUUUAA